AUGGGCGAAGAGACUGUUGAGUAUAUCCUGGACCACGGACAGCCGGUGACCUCAGACAAUCAUCAUUGUCUUAACAACGUCUAUCUAUCCACCAUGAGGGCCAUCCUCCCGAGACACACAAUGCAAUUUUUCCGAGGCAGGAUGUAUGUGAAGUACCCAAUGAUUGCUCGACAGCAGAGACUCUGCAUGCGCCGGUUUUCAUGGCCGUAUGGGCUCAUCAUUUUCUUUGUUCUAGCCUUGUUGGUCAAAUGCAUCUCCUGCCUCAUCUACUCCUAUGGAAUCACAUUCCAUAUUGACUGCCGUUCGUGGCUCGAACCGGAUGUCCUUCGACCGGGCCAGUAUCACGAUGCGGUUGCUCAUGAUCCGGACGCCCGUGUGCAGAUCGCCAGUACGCCCGAACUACCCGAUCAAGACGAUAUGGGCCAUAUCCAUGACAUUAGCUGGCAUUGGAGCCGCACGUGGAAAGGGCAGUUUCGCCCUUGUCAAGGUCCUCGAGGUCGAGAUCUCGAUAGGACGAAUGCGGAGGAUAUGGUACACGUGUACCGAGGGAAGCAGCAGAACUUUCCCAGCCCGGCAUUCGGGUCGUAUGAAACCAUGCACCUGGAUGGUGCCGUGUGUACGGAUCGGUACUCGCGCUUUGGUAUCUAUGGGCAUGACGCAGGGAGUAUAAAGCCUGUGGAUGGAUUCAAACGGCCACCCACGCUCCCAUGGGAUCGAGUAGACUGGGGCACGCUGCAGGCGAGCUGUUACCAGAGGAAUUCCAUCCGAUAUAGGCCAAGCAAAAAAGCAGAGAAAGCUUCAUAUACUCAACAUCCCUUCUCAGUCCUGGAGCCGGACACUGCAGAGCCUAAACAGUCAGAGUCGCCCCCACAGCCACAGCAAUCAGCCCGCAAAUACCAUUCUCGUUCGGCGGUGCUGGUCCGCACCUGGCACACCAUGCCCUGGACGGAGAACCACCGUGAAUAUCUGCGCUCCCUCAUCAUGGAGCUAUCUCUGCACUCUGGUGCCGAGUAUGAAGUUUUCCUCAUGGUUCAUGUCAAGGACAACCUCCUUCCCAUCUUCUCCGACGUGGAGAGCAUCCAUAUGAUGAAGCGGAUGUUCAUUCCGCCGGAAUUUUGGAACAUCACCGUCUUGUUUAACGACAAGCUUCUAGAAGCGUGGUAUCCGCGAAUCAGUGAACAUCGUCCUAUGUAUCAGCAUCUCCAGCCGCUCCAGAUCUUCGCCCAAUCUCAUCCUGAGUUUGACUACUAUUGGCAACUCGAAAUGGACGCCCGCUUCACCGGACACGUCUAUCAUUUCCUCGAAUCAGCCGUCUCCUUUGCCCGACACCAGCCGCGCAAAUACCUCUGGGAGCGUAAUUCGUACUUUUACACGCCCUCCAUUCACGGCACCUGGGCCUCCUUUGCGGGUCUCGUCGAGGAAUCCAUGCAGGGCCGGCCGUCCGUCUGGGGGCCCGUGCCCGCCGCAGACACGGGCAUCCAACCUGUUGGCCCCGCGCCCCCUGUCCCCUCCCCCAACGAUGAUGCAUAUACCUGGGGGGUUGACGAGGAAGCAGACCUCAUCACCUUCCUCCCGAUCUUCAACCCGCAGGACACAACAUGGACGUUUCCCAACGUGAUCUGGAAUUUCCCCCAGGGGACCCGGACCCCACGCCGCGCGGGCGUCAUCACCAUGGGCCGCUUCUCCAACCGGCUGCUCACUGUGAUCCACCGCGCGCAGGCCGCAAAAGGGCUAGGCGUGGUAUCUGAGAUGACGGGACCAACGGCCGCGCUGCACCACGGCCUCAAGGCCGUGUAUGUGCCGCACCCAAUCUAUGCGGACGGGAUCUGGAGUGGAGAGGAACUGGGGCGGAUUUUCAAUACCGGCCCACCGGAGAAGAUCAACGGGGGCCCGGAUAGUGUGUGGAACUGGAACCAUCGAUGGGAUCACAUCAUCUACCGGCUGACGUAUAUGUUUACGACAUAUACGGCCGAAGAUCUGUUUCGGUGGUGGAUGGGAUAUCGCACAGAUGACGGAAGAGGAGGAAAGGAGUUCGAGAGUGUCUAUGGCCGACCAUGUUUUCCUUCCAUGUUCCUGCAUACGAUCAAAAACAGUGGGCCAGACAAGGGACCAGAGAGACCAGUGCCACUAGGGGCCUUGAGAGGCUAGGGAGGAGAGGGAGAGAGGGAGAGAGGGAGAGAGGGAGAAAGAGUACUGAGAACUACGAAUGACUUGAGUCUCGGCAUGCUGAGUAAAAUGCCCGCAUUUAACUAACAGGAGAGUUGAGAGUCGAAAAAAAGAGGGGAAAAAAAACAAAAGCCAGGAAAACAAGAGAUGAUCACAAGAAGCUCAAAGGAUCUAUCGCUUAGGCGUAGGAGGCCGAGUCUUGUGGUAUAUGUCACCGUCCAUAUCGCCGUUGACGACAUCGCUCUUCUUGACGAACUCGGCGGUAUCGAAGGCAUACUCCUGGCGGAGAGUCUGCGCUUGAUUAUUUUCGAUCAUGACCAGGCCAUUGACGAGUUUCGAUUCGGAAACGACACAGGAUCCAAAGUUCCAACUCUUAUGAUGAUUCUGCU